UACACAUUUACACAACUAACCCGCUGAAAUUAAAAUUUCACCAAAAUUUUUAAUCUAAUAUCCCGGGAAACUGUACCCCAUGUUCGUCCUUACUGCACUAUCAGCUCCCAGUACGGUUUUGUUAAGCAGUUGCCAAUAACACCUUAUUCGCCGCUCAGAUUUGUUGCCUAAAAACUUUGAAUCUUCACAAAAAAAUCCCUAAUUUCUUGAUUUCAGUUAGCAUAUAAUCAUCUCAGCCCACUUCUUACUUUACCUCUUCAAUUUUGUUUUUUUCAAUAUAUUUGAAGCGUAUAGUAUGAUGUGAAUUGCAGAUUGCUUUAAUACUCUUCAUAAUUUGCCAAAAAAGUUCUCUUAAUUUAGUUUUGGGGUUAAUUUGUAUUGCGAGUUUUGAUUCAUCGUUUCUAUUGUUUGUUGGAGAAAAUUUAUCAAGAUUCAGCCCAAAGAUCUCGUCAUCUGAGGAGAAGCUGUGGUAUUUGAAGUGCAAAGAAGUGGAAAAUCAGAAGCUAAAAAGGCGGAGAAACGGCUUCAAGAAUUGGAGCAUUCAUCCUUUUGGAUUCUUUUGGUCACUGCAUGCUUAGUUUAGAAGACUCUUGAAGACAGCUAUACCAAGAUAUGGAUACAAGUUGGAUAGAACUUCCACGAUGCCACACUCAAUAUGUCAAAGGUUGUAUGCAAUUCAUUAACUUUGCUAAGGUAGCUCAGGUAGAAGGAAAAGGAAAGAUUCGGUGUCCAUGUAAGACAUGUAAAGUGGAUAAAUGGCUUUGUGUAAAUGAUGUAGAAAGACAUAUCUUGUUUAACGGGUUUUAUAAAUCAUACAAGAAAUGGAUUUUUCAUGGUCAAGGGGAUUUGCUUCAGCGUAUGAUUGGGUGUGAUGGAGGUAGUACUAGCUAAGGAUCCCCACUAGAUCAAACAAGGUUUGGAGGUCGAGAUGAUAUGGGAGGCCUAUUGAGAUCUGCUUUUAGUUUUGAAAAACCCUCAAAUGACCUAACCUUUGAACCACAUGAAAAUAAUGAAAAUGACGAGUAUCUUGAAGACCCUGUCUUUUAUGAAGAGGAGAUUGAUUUAGAAUUUUCAACAACGCAAGAUGAAGCUAAGUAUAAGAAAUUACUUGAUGUUUCCGAUGAGAAAUUGUAUGACGGGUGUACUAAAUUUUCCAAACUGUCUUUUCUUUUACACCUUUUUCACAUAAAAUGUAUGAGCCAUUGGUCUGCUGAAUCCUUUAAUAUGCUACUCGAGCUUCUCAUAGACGCAUUUCCCCAAAUACUUGAGUUCCCCUCAUCUUAUUAUCAAAGUAAGAGAAUAAUAAAAGACCUUGGCCUUGGGUAUGAGAAGAUUGAUGCUUGUCCAAAUAACUGUAUGUUGUAUUGGGGUGAUUAUUCAAAGAAAGACAAGUGUCAUGUUUGUGGUACAUCAAGAUGGAAGAAAAAUAAGGGUAGAAAUGAUAAUGUCAGAGAUCAAGAUAAGACUGUUUCUACGAGUGGUGAGCCAACUAAGGUAAUGCGUUACUUUCCUCUUAUCCCUAGACUGAAGAGAAUUUACAUGUCCUCAAAAACAGUAGAAGAUAUGAGAUGGCAUUAUACUCAUAAUGAUAAAUUGAAUGAUGUUGAUAAGAAGAUGUUAAGGCACCCUUCAGAUGCAUUAGCUUGGAAAUCAUUUGAUCAACGUUAUGAGGAUUUUGCCUCGGAUCCUCGUAGUGUUUGAUUAGGACUUGCAAGUGAUGGGUUUAAUCCAUAUCGUUUGAUGAACACGACUUAUAGUACAUGGCCUGUGGUGUUGAUUCCCUAUAAUCUUCCACCGUGGUUAUGUAUGAAACCAUCUUCAUUCAUGUUGUCUAUUAUCAUUCCCGGUAAAACAAGUCCCGGAAUUGACAUCGAUGUGUAUUUGCAGCCACUAGUUCAUGAAUUGAAAUUGUUAUGGAGUGGGGUUGAUGCUUUUGAUGCUUAUGAUGGAGAGAAAUUUAAAUUGCGAGCCGCUUUGCUUUGGACUAUUAAUGACUUUCCUGGUUAUGCAAUGCUCUCCGGUCUGAGCACCAAAGGCUAUAUGGCAUGCCCUAUAUGCAUUGAUUCAACUCCUUCUGAAAAAUUUGGGAGUAAGACUUGUUAUUGUGGGUAUCGAAAAUGGCUUCCAUCAUGUCAUCCAUAUCGAUUUGAGAGUGACAGUUUUAACGGAAGAGAAGAGCAUGGUGAAGCUCCACCUCGGCCUAGUGGGACUGACAUAUUGGGGCUACAAGAAAAGGUUGGGUAUGUUUAUGGGAAGGCAUCAAAAAGAAAGAGAGGUAACGAGAGUAACAAUGAAGAAGAUGUUGUCAUUGGUACCAAGAGAAGCAUAUUUUAUAAUUUAGAGUAUUGGGAACAUAAUUUGUUGAGGCAUAAUCUAGAUGUAAUGCACAUAGAAAAAAAUGUGUGUGACAAUAUUUUAAAUACUCUCUUAAAUACCGAUAAAAGCAGAGAUAAGAAGGAUGAUCGAGAUGCCCUUCAAGGAUGUGGCAUAAAGCCACAUCUUUGGGUUCAAGAUAAUCAUAUGCCUUCAACUUCUUAUUCUAUGUCUGUAGAGGAGAAAGAGAGGUUCUUAAAAGUUUUACAAAAACUCAGAGUCCCUGAUGGCUAUGGAUCUAACCUUUCUAGAUGCGUGAACAUGAAGCAAAGAAGGUUGAUUAACCUUAAGAGCCAUGACAACCAUGUUUUGAUGCAAGAUAUCCUUCCCGUCGCAUUAAGAGCUUCUAAUGCAACAAAAGUAAUUGAUUUGCUUGCAAAAUUGUCUUACUUUUUCAAGCAAUUAUGCUCCACUGCUAUUGAUCCUGAUGAUCUAGAUGCUCUUCAAGAAGGAAUUGUAUUAACCCUUUGUGAGUUGGAAAUGGAGUUUUUGCCUUCAUUUUUCACAAUCAUGGUUCAUUUGCUAAUUCACUUAGUGGAAGAGGUUAAACUCGAUGGGCCAGUACAGUACAGAUGGAUGUAUCCCAUUGAGAGGUACUUGGCCCAUCUAAAGUCACAUGUAGCUAAUAAAGCCCAACCUGAUGGGUCAAUUGCAGAAGGCUACCUUUUAGAGGAGACCAUUAGGUUUUGUUCAAGAUAUCUUGAAGGUGUUAAGACCGUCUUUAACAAACCUAAACGAAUUGAUGAUGAUAGUCCCAAUUCUGGAAAAUGCUUGUGUAAUUCUGGCGGUCGAGUAAUUGGGAAAGAAGUCAAUUUCCGUCUAGAUGACAAAAGCCUAAAACAAGCUCAUCGUUAUGUUUUACUGCAUCAUUCUGAUGAAAUUCAAGAUCUUCUCGAAGAAUUUUUAAAUCUAAAGCGACAAAUGAAUACACAUAACCCAAUCACUGAAAGUGAUGAAAGUGAUUGGAUCAUCAACGAGUUUGGAGAGUGGUUGCGAAGUCAGGUACACUCAAUAGAUGAAUCCACCGAAGAUGGGAAACUUAGAAAAAUUCUGGCAGGGGGAUUGAAUUGUUAUGGUAGAAAAAUGAAGGGCUUUAUGAUCAAUGGGUAUAAAUUUCAGAUCAUGGACCGUGAUAGCCGUUUGACUUCCCAAAAUUCUGGAAUCAUGGUUGAAGCAGAUGGAGAAGCAUACUAUGGGAAAGUGAAGGAUAUAUAUGAAUUGGACUAUUAUGGGACUUACAAAGCUAUAUUGUUUCAUUGUGUUUGGGUAGACAUACAUAGGGGUGUUAAAUCAGAUCAAAAUGGCUCUAUAUGUGUUAAUUUCUCUAAGUUGAUGCAUUCAGGAAGAAAUUUGCAAGAUGAUCCUUUUAUUUUCUCAUCUCAAGUAAAACAGGUUUUCUACAUUGAAGAUGAGAUACGAAAAGGUGUAGAACUUCCUGUCAAAAAGAGAGAGAACGAAGAGGUUUAAUUAGGUGCCUCAUAAUGAGUUGCAGAAGUAAAAGAACUGCUUUACCCCCUGGCGAGGCUCAAUUUCUUUAAAUAAGCAGCCCACUUCGACAUCCUUACAGUCUAAGUCCAGCCAUAUUGCAGUGUCACAAUCCAACUUUUCAGAGUCUUCUAACCAAUCCACCCAAUGGGGACCAUUUAGCCCUCCAACACUUGGAAGAUCACAAACGUUUGGGCACAUAUCGCAACCAAACAAAUCUUCUAUUAAUGCAUCAAAACCCACAUCUACAUCAUCUUCAUCUGUAGCUGCUGCAUCAGAAGCAGGUAUGCCAACUAUAAUGCCAUCAAACUCCCAACAAAAGAUGUCAUCAAAACCUCCUUUAACCCCAUCACAACCUAGAUCGUAUCCUAUGUUACAAUCUGUAACACCACAAACAUCACAACUCCCUCUUAAAGAAACACUACAGCCUCACAAAGGAACAAUUCAACCUACUAAACCAUCAAAGCAUCAUAAGGCUACAGAGCAUCCGACUAUUCCACCUUUUACUAAGCUAAAACUGGUGCACUUCCGUCACAAGAAACAACACAAGUCCCUCAUAAAGAAACAACUCAGCCGACUAAAGCAUCAAAGCAACCUCAAAAAGCUACCGAACAUCCGAGUAAACAACCUUUUCCUGGAGCUAAAACAGGUGCACUGCCGGUGGGAGCUUCACAAUAACCUAUUGUCUCUUCUUUGACUGGAGCUAAAUCCCAAUUAGAAAGAAGAGUUGUUUCACCCCUGGAAGCUAUGCAACAAACUCAAAAGAAGCAUCCUAUGACGUCUUCUAAUUUUGGAGGUGAACCCUUGACACAACCUCAAAUGAAUACAACUUGUUCAACGGGACUCCAAAAGGAUAAGUCUCCUGCAUAUAUUCAUGCUGAAAGCAACAAGAGGUUAAAUUUUGACUCUGACGAACCUGAAUCUCAAUCAGAGAGUGAAGAAGAGUUGCAUGAGUCAGGUGGAGUGGACAGUGGUGUGAAAAGAACAAAAUUUAGACGCCGAAGUAUUGUGAAAAAUUGGCCAGAGCAUGUCAAGUUUGAUGAGGAAGAAGAGGUUGUGGCAUUUGAUGUUGAUGGAACACGACACCUUGUGAAGGGUUCUGUUCAGCCUCGAGAUGUGUGGAAUGAUGCACCAAGAUUUAGGUACUUCGCCCAAUUUAAUGAAUUCAACCAACCUCUUCACAAAGGUGGCUCCAUCCUUGUGAGUUUCUUAGGAGACAUUGCUAAACGAGAAGAAUUUUGUCCCGUGGGAAUUUGAAAUUGGCAUAAGUUGAGCUCGAAUAUGAGAGGCAAUAUUGUUAACCUUGUUCGGGCACAUUUUCUGUUACCCGAUGGAAAGGAAAUGAGGAAUGCUAUUUUGAAGCGUAUUGGCAAAGCAUGGAAAAAUCAUAGAUAUGCAUUAAAGAAGGAUUAUUUUGAUUCCGUGGAAAAAACGCGUGAGCAAAAUUAUGCUAGUAUACUUGAUGGAAUCACAACUCAAAAUUGGAGUUUUCUGGUUGAUUAUUGGCUUUCAUCGGACGCCAAGG